UACAUUUAAAGUUUGAAACCCUACUGCUCUCUAGAAUUGGCAGUUACCUUCAGUUGCAUAGUGUUCCCAACCGGGCCGUUGAAGCAGAGAAGAAAUGGCUUCUGCAGCAGCUUCUGACGCCUCCAAAUGGGAAUUUAGCUGUGACUUUGAAGUAGAUUAUGAGUCUGAGGAGAAUGCUUCCAUGGUCUUUGCCGCAUUAGCUGUUGAUAAGGAGUUGCAGCCAGAUAAAGUAAAAAGGCAGAUGUCAGUUGCUAAUGGCAAACUUUCAGUGCACUUUGAGGCAGUUGAAGCUAGGUUUCUUCGUGCAUCGUUUUCUGCUUUUGUGGAUGUGCUUACACUUGCAACAAAAACAAUUGAACAGUUUGGUCAAGGAAUGGAAUUGUGACGUUCAAUGAUCCUUGGAUUACCAGUUGUAAUAGUUAAUUAGCAAAUUGAUCUGUAAGUUUAAUCAACAAUCCACAAUUGUGGUUUACUCUUAGUAUGAUUUGUAAUAUGAUUCCUGGGAUCAUGUACUUGUAGCUUGUAUUUCUGUCGUGAUGCUUAGUGUUAUUUUUACACUGUCAGGCCGUUGGCUUUAAGAAGUUGGAAUCAUAGGAAAGCUUUGUCAAAUUCUUGCUAUAUCUUUAGUGGCAAUUUGAUGAACUCUAAUUCAUUUGAACA